AUGGCGCAACAAGAGCCAGAUGCACAAGAAGGGCAAAAAGCCCACGGCAUUGCACAUCCAGCUCAUUUAGCUGAAGUUCUUCCUCCGAGGCCACCCAAAUCCGCACAUCCACACCCAGACGACGUUAAGGACGACCAGGAACGGACAUCGCCUCCUCGAAAGAGGCCACGAACGCAGGCCAUCCCACGCGUCGCGCUAUCACUGCCUAUACCUUCUACACAACCUUCCGCUCUAAGUCCCAAUAUCUCCACCAACGACUGGGCACCCUCGCCAGCCAUCUCACGCUUCCCCAUCCAGCCUCUGAACCAGUUUCGAGGCGCCUCGGCCAGCAUCAAGCGCCCCCAAGAAGUCGCCCACUUCUCCUAUGAUGACGACCACCAAUACAAAGAAGAUGAGUCCAGUGUGAAUUACUACUGCACUCCUCAAAUGGGGGCCGAUCUGAAGGAAGGCUUUGGCACAUUCCGGCACUAUGAAGACAAGACGGAUCCGCACCUAGACAGCCUGCUAUGUGCUCUAGCCAGCAGGGAAAGGAUAACGGGCUCACAAGAGCAGGCAGAUUUUGUUACAUGGCGAGGGAUGAUGACGAAGAUCAUGACGGCGCCUUUCGAUAUGUUCGCCGAGUUUUCCAUGUUCGCGACCUUUCACGAUGGCACCAUCUACAUUGAGGAAGACUUCCCUGCGCGCGCUGCGCAACGCGCACAAGAAGCAUCGCGGCCACCACCCAAGUGGCAAGAUCCGAAAAUGCCUGAUCACAAAAUGAUGACAUACUGGGGCUAUAAAUUCGAGACAUUGGCACUCAUCCCUACACCUCCCUCCGAAACCCCAAGAGAUGUCAUCGAUGCCCGACCAGAUGCCCCAGUCUCAAACUACGCCCAGCACUGCACCCGCCUCCCCAACGACCCCAUCCCCUGGAUUGAGCUCAAAACCGCCGAAGCUCUCCCCCCCAACCCUUCCAACCGCGACAUCCUCAAAUUUGAGCGCAAGCUCCUAAAGUUCUGGGCACAGUCGUUUCUCCUCGGCGUGCCGAAGAUAAUCAUCGGCUGGAGGAACAAGCAGGGUAUCUUGACGGGGGUGCAGGAGCUGGAGACGAAUAAGAUUCCGGGGAUGGUGAGAAGGGGAACGCACUGCUGGGAUGGGAAUACGUGUAUCAAUUUUGCGGCGGCGUUGUUGGGGUGGUUAAAGGGCGUUGUAACGGAGGAGGGGAAGGUGUAUAGGCUAAGCCUAGGGAAGAAGACAGGUGUUGUCGAGUUGAGGGAAACUAAGGAAGCCACAGGAGGUAUCGUGAGCAAGGCCUUCGAAGAGUGGAGAAAAGAGCUAAAGGGAACAAGUGGUGAUGAGAAGUAG